AUGCAAGAUUUACCACCAAUAGGAGGCUAUGAUCCCAUCCAAUGGAAGAGAAAUUUACCAUCGCGUGGAUUUUCCGGCACAACCUACUUUUUCGGUAUUUUAGCCAUCAUGUCAUUUGGAUUUUAUCGUUAUUAUCAAGGUGUCAAUGAGCAACGUGAAUUGACAAGAGAGAAAAAAUGGGCUAGAUUCCAUUUAGAACCUUUGCUUUUAGCAGAAGAUGAUCGUAAUAUUGCCAGACGUUAUUUUGCUGAAGAAGAAAGACAAAAAUUGGUUAAGGAGAGUGCAACUAGCGAUGAAGUUAAGCAACGUUUGGAUGAGGAGUUGUAUCAUGAUAAGAGCAAGUUUAGAUUCCCAAGGUAUGUUCCUGGUAUUAAUCCUAAGGAUGUAUGA